AAUAAUAAUAAUAAUAAUAAUAAUAAUAAUAAACUCACUCUUCUCUCCCACACAACUGAAUAGAUCUUCUCAAUUCAGAUUCAAUUAUGCUCUAACAAUGGCAGAUUCAAAUUCCAAUUCCCUUCUCAAUCUCAAUUCCUCUAGAUUUUGAUUUUGAUUGAUUUCAAUUGGGGAUUUCACCUCAUCUUCAAAUGGGUUCCUCUCAAUCCAUACAAGUUCCAGAAAAUAGUGACGAAGAAGAAGAACACGAACAACAACAACAAGAAGAUGGCGAAGAAGAAGACGACGACGAAGAAGAAGACGACGACGAAGGAGUAGAAGAAGCAGAAGAAGAAGAAGACCACAAUGGCGAGCUCGACAGGAGAAGGAGGAACGAAAUGGAUAAUCAUUUGGUGAAGAAGGUUCUUCAACAAGAACCGGAGAUGUUACCUUGUUAUGCAUCGGCAUCGCCUCUCUCUCCUCAGCUAUCUUCAUUAGGUACGCCUCGUCUCGGACCUUCCAUCAAGGUUUGGGACCCUUACAAUGUGCUCGCUCCGCCCCCACCGCUUCCGCCUCCUCCCGUCUUCUCGCGAAGUUUUUCGUCUAAUGCCAUGGAGGAGGAUCGGGUGAUGUUCGAAGUGUUUUUGAUUAGUCACGGCGAGUGUCAGUUGAGUCUGAGGCCUGAUUUGGUUGGGGGACGGUGCCCUGAGGCUGCACUCACCACCAAUGGGAAGCGUCAAGCAAGGGCUUUGGCGGUGUUCUUGAAUUCACAAGGGAUUCGGUUCAAUGCGGUUUACUCAUCGCCGUUGGAUCGGGCUCGAUCCAUGGCUGUCUCAGCUUGUCAGGAAAUGAACUUUGCAGAGGAACAGAUUCAAACUUCUGAUGCUCUUGUGGAGAUGAGUCAGGGGCAUUGGGAGGGAUGCCUUCGGUCAGAGAUAUACUCUGCUGAAAUGUUGAGCUUUAUUGACAAUGUUCAGCCUGAUUUUUGUCCACCCUCAGGGGAAUCGCUUAGGCAAGUGGAGUUUCGAAUGGUUAGUUUUCUAAAUGGGACUGUGUUGGGGCUGCCUGAAAAGUUAAGAUCAGAUUUCUCGUCACUCCAUCCGAUGGAGAACCAAGGUUUUCCACUCCAUAAUCCUCACUCUUUAUCGAAUUCAAUCCAUGACCGAGAAGGGUCUUCACUCGCAGCACCUCCCUGGGAUGCGCUUCAGAGGCAGCAGCGCCAGGGAACUGGGCUACUAAGGAAAAAGUCCGGAAAAAGUAGGCUACAGUUUAUGACCACAACUGGAGAUCAUGAGGUUGAAGAAGAAAUUUCCCCUCAAGAGUCCAAUCAUCGAAACUCCCUACAUGAUAUAAGCGGCAGGAGCUCCUCUUAUGCCCCAACUUGUAUUGGUAUUUUUAGCCAUUCAGUACCAAUUAAGUGUCUCCUCACUGGCAUCCUUGGCUGCAGCCCGCUAAUGUCCAAUAAGAUGUGCAUAGACGAUUCUUCAGUAACGAUGUUGCAGCAUUCAUGGAAAACUGGUUGGCAGAUAAAAAAGUUGAACGAUACCGCACACCUUAGACUGCUCUAGUCAGAGCAUAUAGCCUGAAAAUUUUCCGCAAUGGAUUCAUCGACCAAAGCCCAGCAAUGGCAUCGGUUUGGUUUCUGAACUAAACAUGUAUGCUGCAACUCAUGAUGUUGGAUGAAGUUGCACUACAUUUUGCACUUCUUUUGUUACCAUCUUUGCAAUACUUGUUGUUUCUAAAUUAACUAGCUCCCAAAUUGUUGUGGGAGUUGGGAUUAUUUUUAUAUGGGGUGAUUCUUUUGAUUUGUAGCAAUUUCAUGGAGUAACUAUAGCUGUAAUAGAAAGAAAAUAAGUUGUUAUUAUUAUUAUUUAAAAUGGGAAAACUUUUAUGAGCUUAUGGCAGUCA